CUGCCUGCAGCAUCUUGCCUGCGUCAGCCCCAGGCGGCACAACCUACGCAGCACAGCCCGAUGGCCGCUCACCACCUGUUCACGAUGCCACCAACCCUCCGCCCAGCAGCCCUCCGCCGACCACUCGCAGACUUCGGGUUGCAGACGCUGCCAGACACUGCAAUCAGCGACGCACCUCUGAACCAACAUGGCCGCCGCGAAGAAGGGCCCCGUUCUCCGCGUCACGGGCCUUGCAGCCUCGCAGCCUGACGAGGAGCUGACGGCAUCGCUGCAGGCGGCCAUUAGCGACAACUUAACAGACGAAGAGAAGUCAAAGAUAGACGCCAGAGUGGCUGUCGUGCCCUCCUGCUACAAUGAUGAGGAGAAGGUGGCGCUGGUGGAGUGCCGUGGCGGGCUGCCUGCGUUCCUGUCAGAGCUGACAGCCAAUCCGCUGGGGGAGUCGCAGAUGGAGAUGGGCGACACGGACAUCAACUUCGACCAGCACUUCUUCGGCUUCACCCAGCUGUAUACGCCCACGUCUGACGCACCAGUUGUUGCAGAUGUGGUCGCCAUCACCGGUCUCGACGGCCACGCGUACGGCUCAUGGCGCGGUAAAGGCAGCCUCGGGCGCAUGUGGCUGCGCGACUUCCUGUGCAAAGACCUGCCGUGCUGCCGCACCAUGAUCUACGGCUACAACUCGAAGCUGUCGAGCCACGGGGUGGACACCAUCAUGGACUACGGGCGGGGCCUGCUGGAGGAGCUUAAGAAGGUCCGGAGCACAGAGGAGCUACAACGGCGGCCGCUCUUCUUCGUCGCGCACAGCUUUGGUGGCAUCAUACUCGCCCAUUGCCUUGUCAAGGCGGUACAGACGACGGAGGACGACCACCCGACAAUAGCAGCACUGCACAGAGCAACGUACGGCAUGCUUCUGUUCGGGAUCCCGCACAGGGGACUUGUCGUGGACGACAUACAGAAGAUGCUGGCAGGAGACGAUAGUCAUCCGCGGAAAGAGCUGCUGGAGCAGAUCAAGAAAAAGUCCGACCUGCUCGCAUCGCAACUGGACGACUUCAGGAACCUCGUCCGCGACCGCAAGGUGGUGAGCUUCUACGAGAGGGAGCAGACUCGGCAGCUACAGUUUGACAGCGAGAGCAAGCGAUGGAAGCGGACUGGCGACUUCAUCACAGCAGUAGACAGCGACUCGGCGCUUCUCCAGCUUCCCGACUCGACGGAAGAGAAGAUCCCUCUAGACGCCGACCACUCAAUGAUCGUUAAGUUCGACAACAAGAACGCUCGAGGAUACAGCAGCGCGCGGGACAAACUUAGGCAGUUUGCGAGGGAUGGCCCGGGAGUGGUGGCAGACCGCUUUACGCGAGCGCAGAACAGGCCCAAGCCAUCAACUAUGGUACCGUUUCCAAGAGACGAUGCAUUUGUGGGCCGAGAGGAUGUCCUUGCAAGGAUUGAGGGGAUUCACAGAGGCUCAGCUUUGCGGGGUCACAACCGGGUAGCGCUUGUUGGUCUAGGAGGUGUAGGAAAGUCGCAGAUCGCUAUCGAGUACGCGUACAGAGCCAGAGAGGCUGCGCCGCACAUGUGGGUGUUCUGGGUGCACGCGAGCACUACGGCCAGGUUCGAGCAAGCGUAUCGAGAGAUCGCCGUCAGAGUCGAGCUGCCGGGGCGCGACGACCCUAAAACGGACAUCUUCCGUUCGGUGCACAACUGGCUCUGCGACGAGAGGAACGGGCGGUGGCUGAUGAUCGUCGACAACGCUGAUGACGAUCGGGUGUUCGCCUCUCCCGGCGCUACCGACGAAGCGGCGGCGGCGCCGUUGGCAAGCUUCCUUCCGCAAGCGGCAAACGGCUGGAUACUAGUCACCUCGCGAGACCUGGUCGCUGCUAUGAACCUAGUAGGAGCGCGACGCAACGUGGUUCAUGUGGACCCGAUGGGCGAUCAAGACGCGCUGACGUUGCUGAUGUCGAAGACGCAGGUGGAUGAGUCGUCUGAGGGCGACGCGAGAGCGCUUGUCCAGACGCUGGAAGGCAUCCCGCUCGCUGUCACCCACGCGGCUGCAUACAUUGAAGUGUACUGGCCAGUCAUAGACCUCUCUGCAUAUCUCCAAAUGUUCCUUGAAAGCGAGGCGAACCAAGCGUCUCUCCUGAACAGCGAGGACGCAAGAGACCUACGGCGGGAUGCCAGCUUGUCAGACGCGGUCAUCACCACCUGGCAACUGUCGUUCGACCAGAUCCGAAAGACGAGGCCUGAGGCGGCGGACCUGCUCUCGCUGAUGACCAUGUUCGACAGACAGGGUAUCCCCGAACACGUACUGUAUGAGGGCAGAAGCAAGCUGCAGUUCACAGAAGCUGUAGGGCCGCUGUUACGCUUCUCUCUAAUUAGGGCACAAGCUAGAGAGCGGUCAGAGAUGCGACUCCAAGAGCGACUGUUUGAGAUGCACAGCUUGGUGCAGCUGGCAACGCGAGAAUGGGUGAAAUUGCACGGUCAAGUCGGUGUGUGGCAGAGAACAGCGCUACGAAUCAUGGCUGCGGCGUUUCCCAGCGGUCAGCACGAAACGUGGGCGGCUUGUCGGACUCUGCUUCCACACUCGACAAAGGUGCUCGGCUACAGCACAGAGAAGGACGACGAGGCGAAGCUGGACCGAGCGACGAUCGCGACCAACACGGCGUGGUACCUGAUGCUGAUGGGGCAGUAUGCGAAGGCGGAGCGGAUUGGGCGCAGUGCAGUGGUGGCGAGGGAGGAGGCGCUUGGGCGCGAGCAUCCCAACACGCUCACCAGCGUCAGCCAGCUUGGGUCGGCAGAAGCAAUGCAUCGACGAGCGCUGGAAGGAUAUGAGAAGGUGCUUGGGCCAGAGCACCCCGACACGCUCACCAGCGUCAGCAACCUUGGGUCGGCGCUAUGGAGUCAAGGGCGUUUUGCAGACGCCGAGACCCUAGAGACACGGGUCAUGGAGGCAAGGAAGAGGGUGCUCGGAGAUGAUCAUCCAGACACCCUGAUGGCAAUAGCCAACCUCGCGUUCACUCUUAGGUCGUCGCAAAGUCGCAACCAGGAAGCUUUGUCGCUGAUGGAGAUGUGCGUUGAAGCACAGGCACGAGUUCUUGGGCUUGGCCAUCCUGACACUGGGUCUUCUACAGCGACACUGAACCGGUGGCGUUCAGAGUCUAUAUCUGGGAGCGUGACGCUGGCUGGAUAG